AUGGCAGCACCGGCGGCGGCGGCGGGGCCGGGCGUGGGCGGCGCGGGGGCGGCCGGCACGGGUGUCACGGGGCCCUGUGGGGCCGUGUCCGUGUUCCCCGGCGCCCGCCUCCUCACCAUCGGCGACGCGAACGGCGAGAUCCAGCGGCACGCGGAGCAGCAGGCGCUGCGCCUCGAGGUGCGCGCCGGCCCGGACGCGGCGGGCAUCGCCCUCUACAGCCAUGAAGACGUGUGUGUGUUCAAGUGCUCAGUGUCCCGGGAGACGGAGUGCAGCCGGGUGGGCAAGCAGUCGUUCAUCAUCACCCUGGGCUGCAACAGUGUCCUCCUCCAGUUCGCCACACCCAGCGAUUUCUGUUCCUUCUAUAACAUCCUGAAAACCUGCCGAGGCCACACCCUGGAGCGGUCGGUAUUCAGUGAACGCACGGAGGAGUCUUCUGCUGUGCAAUAUUUCCAGUUUUAUGGCUACCUGUCCCAGCAGCAGAACAUGAUGCAGGAUUAUGUGCGGACGGGCACCUACCAGCGCGCCAUCCUGCAGAACCACACAGACUUCAAGGACAAGAUCGUUCUCGACGUUGGCUGUGGCUCUGGGAUCCUGUCGUUUUUUGCCGCCCAGGCUGGAGCGAGAAAGAUCUACGCAGUGGAGGCCAGCACCAUGGCCCAGCACGCCGAGGUCUUGGUGAAAAGUAACAACCUCACCGACCGCAUCGUGGUCAUCCCUGGGAAGGUGGAGGAGGUCUCGCUGCCCGAGCAAGUGGACAUCAUCAUUUCGGAGCCCAUGGGCUACAUGCUCUUCAAUGAGCGCAUGCUUGAGAGCUACCUCCACGCCAAGAAGUACCUGCGACCUGGCGGAAACAUGUUCCCCACCAUUGGUGACGUCCACCUGGCACCCUUCACGGACGAGCAGCUCUACAUGGAGCAGUUCACCAAGGCCAACUUCUGGUACCAGCCAUCCUUCCACGGAGUGGACCUGUCAGCCCUCCGAGGUGCUGCAGUGGACGAGUAUUUCCGGCAGCCUGUGGUGGACACGUUUGACAUCCGGAUCCUGAUGGCCAAGUCCGUCAAGUACACGGUGAACUUCUUAGAAGCCAAAGAAGGAGAUUUGCACAGGAUAGAAAUCCCAUUCAAGUUCCACAUGCUGCAUUCUGGGCUGGUUCACGGUCUGGCAUUCUGGUUUGAUGUCGCUUUCAUCGGCUCUAUAAUGACCGUGUGGCUGUCCACGGCCCCGACGGAGCCCCUGACCCACUGGUACCAAGUCCGGUGCCUGUUCCAGUCGCCACUGUUUGCCAAGGCUGGGGACACGCUCUCAGGGACAUGUCUGCUUAUUGCCAACAAAAGACAGAGCUACGACAUCAGUAUUGUGGCCCAGGUGGACCAGACAGGCUCCAAGUCCAGCAACCUCCUGGACCUGAAAAACCCAUUCUUCAGAUACACAGGCACGACGCCCUCCCCCCCACCUGGCUCCCACUACACUUCCCCCUCGGAGAACAUGUGGAACGCCGGCAGCACCUACAACCUCAGCAGUGGGAUGGCCGUGGCCGGAAUGCCGACCGCCUACGACCUGAGCAGUGUUAUUGCCGGAGGCUCCAGUGUGGGCCACAACAACCUGAUUCCUCUAGCCAACACGGGGAUUGUCAAUCACACCCACUCCCGGAUGGGCUCCAUAAUGAGCACGGGGAUUGUCCAAGGGUCCUCCGGCGCCCAGGGCAGCAGUGGCGGCAGCUCCAGCGCCCACUAUGCGGUCAACAGCCAGUUCACCAUGGGCGGCCCCGCCAUCUCCAUGGCCUCACCCAUGUCCAUCCCGACCAACACCAUGCACUACGGGAGCUAG